UUAAACAUGGCCAGCUAGCUAAUGUGAACUGUGAAGUCAUCUCUCUCUCUCUCUGCACCCCCUUGGAUUACUUGUAUUAGAGCUCUCAGAACCCCAUAAUAGAGCAUUAGUUUUUCCAACAAAUAAUGGAGAGAACCUUUGUGUUGAUAUGCUUCUUCUGGGCCGUCCUCACAAUCAUCACACCAACACUUAUUCUCCUGUCAGAGAAUUCUAAGCUCUUGGAUUCAAAUGGUGAGAAAAGUGAAGGAGUGGAGGCUCAGCCUAGAAGAAUGAUGGGAUUUGCAGAUCAGAAACGUCCAAGCAAAGCACCAAUACCUCUACCAUUAAUGGAGGCACCGGCUCCGGCUCCGGCUCCGGCACCUGCUCCAGCACCGGCAGUUAAACAAGCCUCGAAUCCAGCUUUGCGAGCCAAAAGAUCAGCUAUCUCGACUAUUUCUUUAAUGGAGCAAUGAUAGUACUAUUGGUGAUAAGUCUUAAGAUAAAGCUAAAGAUUAAGACUAAGAACAUGCCCAGGCGCUACC